AUGAAGCACGAGUCUGAUGAACAUAAACCAGCUUUACAAAUCCCUGAGAGGAGCCAGGACGCGGUGGUGAUGGAGCGCCGGUUGGUGGCGGCGGUGUACGUGCUGUUCGUGUCGCUCGCGCUGUGCACGGAGGAGGGCGCGUGCCAGCACUACUACCUGCUCCGGCCGGUACCGAGCGACAGUCUGCCUCUCGUGGAACUCAAGGAGGACCCGGACCCGGCGCUGGACCCGCGCGAGCGCGACCUGAACGAGACCGAGCUGAGGAGCGCGCUGGGCGGCGACCUGGACUCGCGCUUCCUGUCCGUGACGCCGCCGCCUCCUCCUCCUCCGCCGCCGCCGCCGAAGGAGCGCGAGGGAGACGUGCACGCGGACAGCUCGUUCCCGGACGGCCCGAUGCCGGCGCAUAUCCGCGCGCUGGAUCUCGACGCGCCUCCGUUCGUCAUGGCGGGCGCGCGCCGCCGCAAAGCGGGACGCAAGCUGAAGCGGCGGCUGCAGAUGUGGCUGUGGGCGCGCUCCGCGUGCCCGGUGUCCUACACGUGGACGGACCUCGGCGGCCGCUUCUGGCCGCGCUACGCGCGCGUGGGCAGCUGCCGCACCGAGCGCUCGUGCUCCGUGCCCGAGGGGAUGAUGUGCGCGCCGGCGGGCUCCUCGCGCGUCACGCUCCUGCGCUGGAGAUGCGCGCGCCGCCGGGGCAGCCUCAAGUGCGCGUGGAUUCCCGUGCAGUACCCCAUCAUCACCGAGUGCAAGUGCGCAUGCUCGAACUGAACCCACACCUUUCUCCCUCAACCUUUUAACUUAUAAAUGCCUUUAUCACAGCUAUAAAAGCCUCUAUUUUGUAUAAUGUUGAUAUAUUUUUUAUUUUGUAACUUGUUUGUUUGUUUGUUUGGAUGCACUAUGAAGUGUCGGAAUGUAUUUUCCCUUGAUGAUGAUGAUGAUGAUGAUGUAUAUGUUGUGCCCUGUAAAGAUGAUAGACAGUAUUAAUUAUGUGUAACCCAGAGUCUACUGUAUUUGUGAAGAAUGAAAUGUUUAUAAGUCACUUUUUUUUUUUUUUUUUGUAUUUAUGUGGCUGAGAAUGAAGCCAGGAGCGCGCGCACAGACGCUGGACUCACGUUUAAAUGAAUUAACGUUAUCUCUCUCUUUUUUUUUCCUUUAAAAAAAAAAGAAAAAGGUCUCAUCAUUGAAGUAUAUGUCAUCCUGUAAAUUAAGAUCAAUUGCUAUUUAUUCUUCAUAUUCAUAGCCUAUAAGAAUAUCUGGGAAAUAAAAGUGACAUACAUGGCA